AUGCCGAAUCUUGGUCAGCAUCGUCGCAAUCCAUCCUAUGGCUUCAAGCUUCGACCAUAUCCUAUCGAGCGAGCGAGCGAGCAACCAGACGCAAACAUCACUUCGCACACCAAGCGGCCCAGUGAAGCGCUUGUGUUUGCACAAGCUUGGGCCGACUUGCGCAAUCAGCUCAUCAUUGCACGGAAGCAACAUCCCUCGGGGCGUGGUCCGUCGGCCACGGCCACGUCACCGGCCUCCUCCAUCAUCAACAACACCGCCGGCAUCCCUCUCACCAAUGGUUUAGUGCAGCUUCCACCAGCACCCAUCGCCUCAGCACCCUUGAUCGCUACCCAUCAUGCGCUGCCCACACCGCCCUUUGGUGCGUCCGGCCACCAAGCUCAGACGGACCUACUUAGCGUGACAUCAACCGAUGCUGCUUCAGCAACGGCAAUCGCUGCAUCCGGCCUAGCUGGAUUACCGGACCUCUCGGCUACCAUCAGCAACAAUAUGGGCAUGGCUGCCCCCGUAGGGCCAUCUCCAGCUGCAGCGCCGAUUCCACCUACCAGCGUCGUCGAUGCAUCAACUGCUGGCAACAUGCUCGACGCACAAUCCAUACAAGCGCAGGUGGAAGCUUUGAUUCAAUCUACCUCGAACUCCGUCGUUGGCAACAGCAACAUUAACAACCAGGCGCCUAUGACACACAGCCUUGCACUAGCGCCUUCUGCUCCUAAUCCAGCAGCAGCAGCAGCAGCAGCAACAGCAGACGCCGUCAUCGCUCAGAAUGCGGCGCUCGGCGCUCUCGACACGCAUGGCAACGCAGGACCACAAUCCGCCGGAAUUGUGCAGGCACCGUCAUCGGGAGCCACGUUGCCUUCCACGAUCAUCUCGGACGCACCCACAUCGAUCGACGCACCAGUACCGCUCGGUACAGGCUUUCAGAACACAUUUGCACAAUACCAAUUCCCGCAGAACCACGAUCGAGUGCUCAAGGAGGCGGCAGUUCUUACACCGACGUCACCUACGGACUCCUGUUCCGCGCCUGUCAAGAAGGAACCGGUCUCCACUUCUGUUAUGACGAGAGAAGAGGAGGAGAGAGCGGCUGAUGCGCUCAUUGCCGACAUUGAUGCUCAGGACACUGUAGCUGCUGUGCCACAAGCUACCAAACCAGAGCCGUUCUCGGGUGCCGAUCUAGCUGCGGCUGCCAAAGCGAUUGGAAUCGAUGCGGAUGCCGACUUGCUCAGUGGUACGAGCGAAGACCAGCGUGCCUUGGCUGCUGCCAUUAAGCGUCUGGGCGAUGAGCAUGGCGAGGCUGCGCAAAAGGCAAUCCAGCAGGCAGCGGCGGCGGCUGCAGCUGCUGCAGCUGCGCGCGCUUCGCAAGAGCUGGCGAGAGCCGCUGCCAGGGAGCAAGGGGCUGCCGUCGCUUCUGUUCCGGAUUCGAAAAAUAGCGCUGGUCCAUCACGGCCAGUUUCGUCUGCUUCGCCAGCUUCGAGGUCACGAUCAGGUCCGGUAAAGCGAUUCCCGUGCCCCAAGUGUGAUAAGGCGUUUGCGCGCGCCUACAACCUCAACACACAUCUGUCUACGCACGAUCCGGAUCCCAAGCGCGCCAAGCCGUUUGCAUGCCCGUAUCCAAGCUGCAAGUCGGAAGGCGGGCGCUCGUUCAGCCGCAAGCACGAUCUGCAGCGCCAUGUGGCCAGCAUCCACGAAAAUGAGGCGGAACCGGGCAUCCAUGGUGACCCCGAGGAGGUGGUUGGCGGCGAUACAGGAGGGCUGGUGUCGCUGGGUUUGGGCACACCGGGCAAGAAGUUUCGAUGCGGCAAUUGUGGGAGGUCAUUUGUGCGUCGAGACGCUUGCCAUCGUCAUCAAUGCGAUGAUCGAGACAGCCCAUCGGGGCGCACGUCCAAGUCGCCUUUUGGUACGCCGUACACAUCUUCGGUGUCUCCGAGGCCGAGCACUUCGCAGAGCAUGUUUGGCGGCGGCGGCGGCAGUGCCACGCUUGUCGAUGUUGCGCUGGGCAGAUCCACCGCUUCUCCAUCGUAUUGCGGCGGAGGAGGUUCAGGUACUAUUUCAAGAGGAUCGCCCGCUGCAGCUGGCGGAGCUUGUGUGGCGGUGAAGCACGGUGGUAACGGAAGCAGGCAUUCGAGUAGCUUGUCAAAAGAGGUGCAGGCGGUGGCCAAGCAGUUGCAGGCUCGUGUUGAAGCGCAAUCGCCCGGUCCGCAGAGUCACCAACACCAACGCCCUAUGGCACCUCUGCCCGGGGGAGGGGGAGGGGGAGGGGGAGGGGGAGGGGGAGGCGAGCGCCGGAAUUUCCCGUUAUCCGCCAUUUCACUGUAUGCUUCGACAGGUCCGUCGAGCAUGCACUCCAACUCGAGCUCUUCCUCGAACGGCAACAAGGCUCAGAUUGCCAAGUGA